UAAUUGGGUAUUUUACAUUCAUUUGCAUAUUUUAAUUUGGUUUCAAUUAAAUUCUCGAGAAAGUGUUGUUAAAUUUUCGCGGGUCAAUAAAAGAAAAUCUUAAAAUGGGAAUCAUCAAAUUGGCAGGAAUUUUACUACAUUUCAACUUUGUUUACAUUAUAAGCAAUAACAUAAUGAGUAAUCGAUAAGUAAACAAAUAUAAGUCGGACGUAUCAGCGGCCGGCGCGCGCGCCCCUUCUGUCAAACAUUUUUAUAGUUAUGCGCAGAGCAUAAGGAACUCUUUAUAGUCUAUGCGCGCGAGUCGGCCGCACGCGCGUUCAUCUUGCGACGUUUAAAAAAAUUGUUCGCGGUAUUCGAUUAUUUGAAUUAAGUACUGAAGUUUGUGGUAACAAUGAGUUGGGAGCAUGAUCGUGACCGACCCUGCGACAAACUUGAAAUCAAUGAAGCUGUAGGAAAAUUACUGGAGACCUUUAACUACGACAGUAUAGUCCCGCAGCCACCGAGGGGUGGAGGGUGUAUGCGUCGCACGCAUGUGAAGAGGCCUAUGAACGCAUUCAUGGUAUUCGCACAAGCGAUGCGCAGGCGCCUCUCUGAACAACAGCCGGCGCUACACAACGCAGAACUUAGCAAGUCCCUUGGAACUAUGUGGAAACGGUUGACUGAAGAGGAAAAGAAGCCCUUCAUCACAGAAGCUGAUAAACUGAGAUCGCAACACAAAAAGGAAUAUCCCAACUACAAGUACCAGCCGCGGCGGCGCAAGCCCCAGCCGACGACAGCGGUGAGGCCGAAGCGCGAGCCUUCCCCGGACAGGGGACAGAUCGACUUCGCGGGCAUGCCGGAUAUCUCGCCCGCGCUGCUGGCGGACGGGCCGCCCGACAACUCGGAGCUGGAGCAGUACCUGCCGGGGCCCGACUACCACGAGCUGCAGCCGCGGCAGCCCGCCCUCAUCCCCGCGUACUACGCGCCCCCGCCCCUCAGCGCGCAGCUCCCCUCUCACCACCCCUCACACACCUCGUGUCCUGUCUGGCAACACUACACACAUCCCUAGAAACACUUCCAAUCCAGUCAUCAUGGGCUCAUGCCUCGAGGCGUUCUCAAUGACGUUUUAGCAGUUAAGUUUUAUCAAAGAUCAAAAUACUUUAUCGUCGGCUCAUAUUUUUUAUAACUUGUAAAAAAUAAAAAUAGGUCACACAGCAGUUGUAAAUAUAAUUGGGUAGACAUGUUUAGUGCUAUGCGAAACGACGCGCACGUGCGUUUAAUUUGUGUAAGCUGAAUAAAUAUUUAAUAGGUUAAAAGUUUUUGUAAAUUAUUAUUAUUUUUUACUUUUAUCGAUAGUUGAUUAUGGUACUUGUGACAACUUACUUGCGCGGUAUUUAAUAAUGGAUAGGCGUACAGACUUUAAGUAAAACUGCUUUUCAACAAAAGGCCUCAAUUCUAAAUUCCUUUCAACAACCAGACCUCACUUAGGUAGAGCAGAAUAUGUAGGGAGGAGACUACGCAUCGUAGAGCGGCCUCACUCUUCUACAAUUGCCUACUUUAUUCUUGAGGCUAGCUUAUUAUUGACAGAAAACGUAUGAAACCUAAGUAUGUAAAUGCUUACUACAAUAAUUAAAUUGGAAGUAGCGUCUAUUAAAAAUAACUUCGAUUAAGUACUUAGAAUACUUUAACCUUAAUUCCACGAAGUUUCUUUGUAAGUUUCAGGCAAAAUAUUU